ACCGCUGCAAUGUAAAGUCAUAACGAAAUUUGCGUCUAACAAACUCUAGUGGUGGUAGUUUGUGUGCUAACAAAUCUUAAUUCGCAACAACAAAAAUGUUCAAAUUGAUCGUCACCUUCUCUGCACUCUGUGCUGUCGCGUCCGCCGGCUAUUUGGGUGGCUAUGGACUCGGUGGCUAUGGACUCAGUGGCCAUGGUUUGGGUUACAGUGGCUACAGUGGCUACAGUGGCAUUGUGGCGCCAGCCUAUCAUGCACCAGCCGUUGUUGCUGCCGCACCAAUCGUGAAGACUUACAGUGCGCCCAUUGUUGCUGCACCGGUUGUGAAGACCAUUGCGCCAUUGGCCACCUCCUAUGCCAACACCUACAAAGUGGCCACUAAAGCUAUUCCUGUCGUGCAUGCUGCCCCAGCUGUGGUGCAUGCUGCUCCAGCCGUAUAUGCGGCGCCUGCUUACCACACUUCCUCCACCUACCACGGGUCGCUGGGCCAUUAUGGUCUCGACUACGGUUAUGGCCAUGGUUUGUUGCAUUAAGUGCGUAGAUUGUGAAGAAUUUGGAUGCACACGGACAAGGACUUGAAAAAAGGGCUAAUGAAUUUAAGGACUAUAACAUCGAAAGCAUUAUGGAUAUUUGUUUUUGGGAACACACAUUUGUUGAACUAUCUCACAUACAUACAUACAUACAUAUAAUCAUAAGCAUAUCAGGAGACUAUAUAAAUUUCUUCACAUUCGGAAAAUGUCGUCGUCAUUUGGCGAGAUUUGUGUGAUUAAAGUGAGUAAGAAAUGCAGGCUAUUCAUGCAAGUCGGCGAUAUAAAUUACAACAACCACAAGAGUGAGUGAGCAGAGCAGAACUGAAGGACUUCGUUUAAGUGUUUAAGAAGCAGAAAAAUUAAAGUUAUUUCUUCAGAAUUAAUGUUUAUUUUUUCGCAGAGAUUUUGUUUGUUUGU